CUUUGUGAUAACCAGCUAAUGUCAUUGACUUUUAUUGGAUACGAACCAUGUAUCGAGAGAGUUGUAGAAAACAAACCACUUGAUUCACCAUGUUUACUUGAAAUAUACCAAGCUAUCGAUGGAAAUGGGCUAUUUUGUCUUCCUCCGUCUGAUUCCAAACAAACAGAACCUUUCACUGCUGCUACUCUCAAUGAGUUGUUUAAAAGCACGGUUUCUAAUGACAAGACUACUAAGCUACAAAACUAUAAAGACCUCAACAUGACAGAAGCUCCUAAAUAUCUUAACUUUCUUCCAAAACCGGAAUUAUUUUAUCCAGUAAUGCUAAACAAAGAUCAUUAUCGUAAGAUUCGGUUUCAAAGAUAUCGCAACAAGAAAUACAAGACCAGCAACUCUUCAAAGGUGCGCUAUAUUGAAAGACAAAAGUUGGCCCAAAGAAGGUUUCGUCUACAUGGAAAAUUUGUAUCUAAACAAGUUCAAAUAGCUAUGGCAGCUGCUUGUUCUGAUGCCAUUACAACUGUAGAGUCUAAUAUGGAGUUGGCACAGUCAAACACUAUGGAUAGUUCUGAGGAGUUGUUCUUCUGGCCAACUAGUCCAUUCCAAGAUGAACAAUCAGAUAUUUCCUUUUGGUAUAUGACGGAGUCAUUUUGCUUGGAUGAAUCAGAUAUGUUUUAAAAUUCUUCCUAGCAACCAAUACAAAAUACUGCUUUAGAAUAUGACAUGUUGUUGUUCAUUAGA